UGUGGUAUCAUAUAUAUAAAUGUGUUGUUUUUCUGUUAAUAAAGGCACUCAUGCUCUAUAACAUUUUUGCCAAUACUUUUAACAUUCGCUGGAGAAACAUCUUUUAAUCGAUAAAUACACACACGAUUCACAUUAACUAGAAGCUGUGGAACAUUUAGGUUAUUUUUAGCAUUUUCUCAGAUCGCUUCGUUGAAGAUGGUGAGAGAGAUUGAGAAAAGGAUAUAAAGUGGAUUGAACGAUGCCGGGUGUUGGGGAGAACAAGUGUCUGUUUUACCUGAUAGGUAUAGUGGUUGCAGUUGUCGGAUUUGUACUUGUUAUUGUGUUGCCUAUGAGUUUUGUGACUUUGGAAUACAACGAGUACGGUUUCCGGCGACAAAAGAGUACGGGGUCUGUUGACACGAGUAUGGUUUAUUCGGGAGGUAAAUACUUUCUAGGCCCGGAUUAUGAAUUUAAGGUUUUCAAAGCAGAUGCCCAGUUUCUGGAUCUAGUCAACUUCCGGGUAUUUACUCGAGAUAAAUUAGAGGUAUCCAUUACUGCGCAUGCUCAAUACUUCCUACGCAAGGAUGAACUUCCGCUGCUGCAUACGGCGUAUGAUGUUUAUUACGAAGAUGUGAUGAAAAGGAGUGCUGUCGAUGCUAUCAAGGGUGCUAUUCCUGUUUAUAACACCACUGAAUUGAAGACGAAACGCCCGGAGAUCGAGCGAGUUCUAUAUAAAGCUGUGAGGGAGAGGCUUGGGGGCACCUGCUGUAGACCGGACUGUUCUGCAUACUUGAACGCGUGUCCUAAACAUUGUAAACCACGUGACAAGUGCAAACUUGCAGACCUGGCGCUCCAUGUUGACGUCAAAUACUUCCAGCUGACCAACAUUGUUAUUCAUAAUGACGUCAUGGAAAGAUUUAUGGAAAAUCUCCUAUUGGUGGAGAAGAAUCUUAGAGAAAAACACAUUCAAAAUGCAACCGUUAUUAGGAAACAGACAGACGGAAAGGUAGCAGAAAUAAAAAAUCAGGCGAAAGAAAUACGAGAAUCCGCAGAAUCGGAGUCGCAGAAAAUACGUGUCGUCUCGGAAGCGGAAUAUUUGAGUACCAUAGAGAAAGCACGUGGUACAGGCCUCAGGAAACUAUAUGAUAGUUUAGGUAUCAAAACACAAGAACAGAAAAACAGCUUUGACUAUCUGCGCACGCUCAGGGGCCUUGACCAUGUACAUCUUACAGUGGACUUUCAACAAAGGAUUGCUGGUUCGAUUGGUUAAUGGAAUGUUACAUACUGACUUAAAGUUUGUUCCACAGUUCAGCCUUACAGACAGAGAUGUCAUAACUAAUGUUGUUGCGGAAAAAUAUGCUUGAGCGGAGAUCAGCAACAAUGAUACCCUUUCUUAGUGAAGACUAUGGC